AUGAGGCUUAGGGGCAAGGCUGUCGCCUCCUGGCGCAUCCUGCUGUCUGUCCUUUCCCUGGCAGCAGCUGUCCAAGCAAAGGACGAGCCGACGAUCAAAGUCGCCACAAUCAAGCAUCCCCCUCUCAACCUGAACUAUUUCGAAGAUUCCAAUACCAUCCUUUACCAAGAUGUCUCCGAACGAAACCUCUACCGAUCCGAGGAUGCUGGUGUCACAUGGGAUAGGGUCAAAGAUAUCCCUGACAACCAGGCCUCCCUCCUCACAAUGCACGAGUUCGACAAGAGCCGAGCCUACGUACUCACCGAAGGCACCGAACACUUCAAGACGACCGACCAAGGCAAAUCGUGGCAGAAGUUCUCGAGCGGUGCGCCCCCCAAUAUCUUCGUGGGCGGGGACAUCCUUCACUUCCACGCCGGCGAUCCAGACCGUGUCAUCUUCAACGGAGCAGAUUGCAUAGGUAUCUUUUGCGAUCUGAUCACACUGUACACGACGGACAAUUUCAAGUCGAAGGCCAAGUUCCUGCGCGGUAACACCGAGGGGUGCUAUUGGGCCAAAUCUUCGGAUCUCUUCACCACGGGCAAAGAAGACCUCGAUAAGCAGCGCAUUCUUUGUGUCGUGCGAGACAACUUCUCGCCUUUCAAGGAAGACAACAGACUUCUUGCGUCGGACAACUAUUUCGAAAAGGUUGACAACAAGGUUCAGGAAUUCGAACCAGACAUGGAUACAAACCACGGCGUCCAGGGUGUCGUCAGUCUGGCCGUAGUCAAGAAGUAUCUCAUGGUCGCCACAUCGUCCCUCAACACCGACGAGAUGGGGCUCUUUGUCACGGACGACACCAUUAAGUGGCACCGCGCCAUGUUCCCUACUAGCCACGGACACAAGGUCAAUCAAGGCGCCUACACCGUGCUGGAAAGCACCAACUACAGCAUCCAGAUUGAUGUGAUGAACACUAGACCCUCGAACCCGACCGGAGUCAUGUUCACGAGUAACUCGAACGGCACCUUUUUCACCGAAAACCUCGAGCACACGAACCGCAACACCAAGGGCCAUGUCGACUUUGAGAAGAUCACCGGUGUACAGGGUAUCUUCAUGGUCAACGUUGUUAAGAACUGGGAGGAAGUGGAAAAGGACACCGGCAGGGGUGGCAAACAUGUCGAGAAAGAGAUUGUCAGCAAAAUAACGUUCGACGACGGCCGGACCUUUCACGAUCUGAAGAGUGGCGGCGACCAACUGCACCUUCACUCGGUCACUGAUCUCGAUAACGUUGGCAGAGUGUUCUCUAGUCCCGCGCCUGGUCUUGUUCUUGCCAUCGGAAACAAAGGCAAGUCCCUGGGCAAAUUUGCUGACGGUGACGUUUACGUCUCCGACGAUGCGGGUGUGACUUGGAAAAAAGCCUUGGAUGGCCCUCACAAGUACGAGUUUGGUGACCUAGGCUCGAUUUUGGUCGCCGUGAAGGACUCUCACAAGGAGGACAUUGGAGAAAUCCGGUACUCUUUGGACCAUGGCGAGAGUUGGAAGACAGCUCCGCUUCCCGAUGACUUGAAGAUUAAGCCAGAGCUCCUUACAACGACACAAGACUCGACUAGUCUCAAGUUUUUGCUCGUUGGCAGAACGGGAGGCGACAACGCAAAGUUUCACAUCAUUGCUCUCGACUUCGAAGGGCUGCAUGAGCGAACAUGCAAGGACGAUGACUUUGAGGAUUGGCACGCCCGGCUUGAUGAAAACGGCAAGCCUUCGUGCCUGAUGGGCCACAAACAGACCUACCGCCGCCGCAAGAAGACAGCCGACUGCUUCUUGAACCAGGAGUUCAAAGACCCUGUCCCGGUUACUGAAGACUGCGAGUGCACGGACGCAGACUUCGAGUGUGAUUACAACUUCAUCAGGGAUGGCGACAGCUGCAAGAAGGCUGGCCCGAUCAUCGCACCGGACAAUGUAUGCAAGAACGCCAGGCCGGACGAUACUUUCAAGGGUUCUUCCGGCUGGCGCAAGAUCCCAGGGAACACUUGCAAGCGAAAGAGUGGUGAUCAGAAGGAUGAUCCUGUCGAGCGGAAAUGCUCCGAGGCUGUAAAUGCCCCAGCUGCCCCUGCUGAUGGCAAGAUCAAAGCCGUCCAGCAUGUCUUUGAGACCGAUUUCAAGGAUUUUGAAAAGAUCUACUUGGAGCGAGGCGAAUCGAGCACCGAGGUCGACGAAACCAUGAUCGUGCGACCUGUUGAAUACUCGGGAAACAGCAUGCGGGCCGACAAACAGAUAUGGCGAACCAAGGACCACGGCAAGAACUGGGAAAAAAUCCUUCAAGACGAGGACGUGCGGGGUAUCUACCCGCAUAGCUUUUUCAAAGACGUCGUCUUCUUCACCACUGAUUCCAAGAAAGUUCUGUACACGAUCGAUCGUGCCGAGCAUUUCCACUCGUUCGAGGCUCCCACGAAGCCCGGUCCAGGCAACCCCCUGUCGUUCCAUCCUGACAAGAAGGAUUGGCUUAUCUGGGUUGGGGAGAAGUGCGAAAAAGUCAAUGGCAAGGAAACCUGCUUCAUGGAGGCCUCGAUUUCGAGAGACCGUGGCGACAACUGGAAGACGGCAAUGCGCUACGUCCAGAAGUGCGAGUUCACAGGCCACUCCGCCUACAGGUAUCGCGACCUGCGCCAGAUUGUCUGUCUCGCGCACAAGGAGGAGAAUAAUGAGAAGGACAACCCGAAGGUUAUAGUGUCCAGCAAUGACUUCUUCGAAGAGGACAAGACGUUCCACCAGGACCGCGUCAAGAACUUUGCCUUGAUGGCCGAGUUUAUUGUUGUUGCUGCCGAAGACCAGGAAAAGCAGGGGCUGCGAGCCCUUGCCAGCUUGGACGGCGUUUCCUAUGCCGAAGCUCACUUCCCUGUCAACUUCAAGGUGAGCCACCAAAACGCCUACACAGUCCUAGACAGCUCCACGCAUGCCGUCAACUUGUUCGUGGCUACCGAGACUGCCGAAGGUCGCCGCUAUGGAAGUAUCAUCAAGAGCAACUCGAACGGCACAUCCUACGUUAUGAGCGCGCAGGCAGUCAACUGCAACGACCAGUACUACGUCGACUUUGAGAAGAUUCCCGGCCUCGAGGGCGUCGCUCUCAUCAACACAGUCGCGAACCGUGACAAGCACAACGAGCCGAAGAAGGUGCAGACCCAGAUCUCACACAACGACGGUUCGCAAUGGGCUUUCCUCCCCCCGCCAAAGGCCGAUGUUGAUGGCAAAUCCUACUCGUGCAGUAGUACUGGGGGAGAUGAGAAGUGCGCGCUGCAUCUUCACCAUUAUACCGAGCGCUUAGACAAGAGGAAUACGUUUUCUGCUGCUACUGCUGUUGGGCUCAUGUUUGGCAACGGCAACGUCGGGUCGAGUCUCAGCUCCCUCAAGGACGCCGAUACCUUCAUGACCACUGAUGCCGGCAUCACUUGGAAAAACGUCAAAAAGGGUGCUUGGACCUGGCAAUAUGGUGACCAGGGCUCGAUUGUCGUGCUCGUCCAGCGGGCCAGUCGCGAGAACCCAGUCAAAACGAAAACCAUUUCGUACACGACCGACGAGGGCAAGACUUGGAAGGACUUCGCCUUCACUGACAAGGAGGUCACCGUCCUGGAUAUCUCUACUCUCCGCUCUGGCGCAUCGCGCAACUUUCUCAUCUGGUGCAAGAACGAUGGCGGCGAGACGUUCUCUGUCAACGUGGACUUCACUGGCCUGGCUGACCGUCCUUGCAAGAGUGACGAGGGCAGCUCCGACUACUACCUUUGGUCGCCCAAGCACCCAUCGCAGCCCAAUAACUGUCUCUUCGGACACGUAUCACAGUAUCUGCGUAAGAAGGACGAUGCGAACUGCUACAACGAUGCCAGGGUUCAGCACCUCUACCAGGUGGAGAACUGCACCUGCACAAGGGCUGAUUACGAAUGUGACUACAACUUUGAGCUCGACGCUCACCAACAAUGCAGUCUUGUCCCUGGCAAGUCUCCGAUUUCGGCGGAGCAGUGGUGUAAGGAGAACCCCGAUGCCGUCGAAUACUACGAACCCACGGGAUACCGUAGAAUCCCGCUUACCACUUGCACUGGGAACGGCUAUGAUGAGCUCGACAAGCAGGCCAAUGUUCACCCCUGCGCUGGCAAGGAAGAUGAGUUUGAGAGGCGGCGCAGAACCUCUGGUAUCGCCAUCUUCUUCGCUGUGGUGAUCCCGUUCGGCCUCGCAGGUGCGAUGGGCUGGUGGGUAUACCGCAACUGGAACGGCAAAAUCGGUCAAAUACGGCUGGGCGAGUCGUCCAGUCUCGACAAUGACGCCCCGUGGGUCAAGUACCCAGUCAUCGCCCUGUCGGCGGUGGUUGCCGUCGCCGCGGCCCUGCCGCUCGUCGCCUCGGCCCUGUGGAGGCGCGCCACCUCUGCUUACGAGAGCGUGAGCGGUGGAGGCGGAGGCAGCUGGCUCGGCGGGCGUGGCAACCGCCGGUUUACCACGAGAGACAGCUUUGCCCGGGGCAGAGGAGAUUACGCCGUGGUCGACGACGACGAGGGCGAGCUCCUGGGUGACGACAGUGAUGAGGAGGUAUGA